AUGGCAUCGUCAUGGCUCUCCUCACUCGUCCCAUCAUCCUACAAUAUCACCUGCUUGAGCUCGACCUCGACUUCAAUCUCGACUUUCACCCAGCCCAUCAUGUCUUCCCUAUCGUCUCUGGUGCUUCUCGGUGUUCUCGCUAUCCAGGCGGUCUUGUUGCUUUCGGACCCCAACCGGGUCAAGGAGCGUGAGGCGGAGAUCCUCAAGAGAUCUGUGGAUUCUUUUAUUGCCACCGAGAGCCCAAUUGCUUGGAGAAACAUGCUCUGUAAUAUCGGUGCAGAUGGAGCGUGUGUCACGGGUGCGCACGCUGGUGUGGUCAUUGCCGGCCCAGGAAAAGCCAACCCUGACUACUUCUACACUUGGACUCGAGACUCGGCCCUGACGUUUAAGUACAUUGUCGAUACCUUCGUCAGUAACUAUUCGGCCUCUCUCCAGACAGAGAUCGAGAACUACGUCAAUUCACAAGCCUAUCUCCAAACGGUGUCCAAUCCGUCCGGUGGUCUCUCCAGCGGUGGCCUUGGAGAACCGAAGUACAACGCCGACUUGUCCGCUUUUACCGGGUCAUGGGGUCGGCCUCAGCGUGAUGGACCUGCUUUGCGUGCUACCGCUCUGAUUACCUACUCAAAGUGGCUUGUCAACAAUGGGUAUACCUCAACGGCAAGAUCUUUGGUAUGGCCCAUCAUCCAGAAUGAUUUGUCCUAUGUUACUCAAUACUGGCAAGCAAAUGAUCCUCGGUUCGACCUCUGGGAAGAAGUCAGCGGGUCAAGCUUCUUCACUAUCGCUUCCCAGCAUCGCGCACUUGUCGAAGGUAGUGCUCUGGCUAAGCUCCUGGGAAAAUCAUGCUCCUACUGCGAUUCGCAAGCACCACAGGUCCUGUGCUUCUUACAAACCUUCUGGGGGCCUUCUCAAGGUUUUAUUCUUGCAAAUAUCAACCAGAAUAACGGCAGGUCUGGCAAAGAUGCCAACACCAUUCUCGGCUCCAUCCAUCUGUUCGACCCCAGCGCCGGCUGUGAUGCUACCACUUUCCAGCCAUGUUCUGACCGAGCUUUGGCGAACCAUAAAUUUGUGACGGAUUCCUUCCGAUCUAUCUACUCGAUCAACUCUGGCAUCGCGCAAGGGGUUGCUGUUUCGGUAGGCCGGUACCCCGAAGACAGCUACUAUGGUGGUAAUCCGUGGUACCUGAACACCCUCGCUGCAGCCGAGCAAUUGUACGACGCUCUCUACACCUGGAAUAAGCAAGGUUCUAUUACCGUCACACCCACAUCACUUGCAUUUUUCAAAGAUCUUAGCCCCUCAGUGGCCACCGGGACUUAUGCAUCAUCAACCUCGACUUACACAAGUCUCUUUAACGCCGUGGAAGCUUACGCGGAUGGCUAUGUUAACGUCGUUGCAACUUAUGCUCAAUCGAACGGCUCCCUGUCAGAGCAGUUUAACCGAGCAAGCGGAGUCCCAUUGUCAGCCUACGAUUUGACCUGGUCUUACGCUGCCUUCCUCACUGCAGCAGCCCGUCGGGCAGCUGUGGUUCCGUAUUCAUGGGGCGAGCCAACCGCAUCCAGCGUUCCGGCGACGUGCUCAUACACAUCCGCGUACGGAACUUACUCGACAGCCACGACGGGUAUCUGGCCUCCAAACCAGACUCCUGUCACGAGUCUCCCUCCAGUAACAACCACGAAUGGGGACAACCCUCCGACGACAAAGACAUCGACAAGUACAUCUUGUACCACCCCCUCUUCCAUUGCAGUCACGUUUCGGGAAACCGUGACCACGAUAUAUGGUCAGACCAUCAAGAUCGUGGGCUGUGUCGCGCCACUCGGCAGCUGGAAUCCUGCCGAUGCGAUCACUCUGUCUGCGCGCGAGUACACCUCCAGCAAUCCGGUCUGGACCGGGACCGUCGCUCUCGCGCCAGGGACCGUAAUUAUGUACAAGUACAUCAACGUGGCCUCCACUGGGGCUGUGACUUGGGAGGCGGACCCGAACCAUACCUUCACCGUUCCGGCCAGUUGUGCUACUACGGCUGUCACGGUCAGCAAUAGCUGGCAAGCAUCCAGUCGCUCCGAACGGGGCUUGUCUUUGAGGAAGGCGCGACACGUUGAAAGAUUGCUGAGAUGA